GGCGCUCCUGUGAGAAGCAGUGUGAACUGCGUGGCCGUGAAGAUCUGUGUCUGGGUGUCAGCGAGUGCACACCUGGCUGUUACUGUCCACAGGGCCUGCUGCAGUAUAAUGGGAGCUGUGUUCCUCCAGAGGAAUGUGGCUGCAUCCACUUGCAGCACCAAGCUCCAGGAGAUCCACCCACGCCUGUCACCGUCCCACAGGGGCCACGGUCACCAUAGGCUGCAGUACCUGUCUUUGUCACGAUGGGAGUUUGCAGUGCGACAUGAGAGAAUGUGAAGUCGUCCUCAGCGAGUGGUCGGGCUGGACUCGGUGCUCUCCCUGCGUGCUGCAGCACAACAGCUCGCAGAUGGUGUCGAUCCAGAGGCGCUUUCGAGCCUGUUUGGACCUGGAUUCUGGUCUUCCAGUCUCUAAAGAGGAGGAGAGCCAGUGUCCAGGACUGCUGGUAAGGAGAGGCCAUGUCCAGAUGCUAACAUCUGCAGAGAUGUGUGUCAGUGGAGUGGGUGGAGUGCUUGGACAGCGUGUGCUGAGCCGUGCAGCGGUGGAGUCAGGCAGCGCUACAGACAGCCCCUGGCCUCUCCUGCAGGACCCAGUGUAG